AUGACGAUCACCGGCGUAAACCCCUUCCCUUCCCUUGGCAUUGAAACUCCGGGCUUUUUCACCUACGCUGUAGAGAACAAGGUCAGUUUUCAAUAUACCGUUUCUUUUAUAGCUGUCUUAAUAACUAUUGUCUAUCUCGCCGCGUCAUUGUGCUCACAGCGGCCCCGAUUUGUUCUGUCAAACCCAGUACACAACACGAAACACCUCUUCGUCAUCCACUUAGUGGCCAACGUUAGUGGCUGGACCAGGACAGAACUGUAGCCUGGACAGUGUCGGAGACUUUCCUUGUUGUGUACAAGGUCCUACUGAACUCCUCGAUGAUAUUACUUGGGCGUAUCUUCGCAGCAAUGAAGGCGCUCUUUCUCCGUCUAGUUUGUUCUCUUAUGUCAAGGUUCUUUGUAUACUUAUUAAGGCCUCAGAAUCGACUGCAGUCAUGAGGUUGUUUAUUAGCUGGCCGUCUUCUGUUACCGUUAGCUUUAUUGAACUCUAUAAGUUACUUGGCGAACUUUGUACGUGGCGGAGACUGUCGCUGACCAGCAUUACCUAUGGUUCACUCUACGCUCUUGUUUGCUCUCGCUCCACGUCGGAGUCAUCCGAUAGAAAUAACCGCGAAACGUUGGCGUUCCUAGGCGUCGGAAGUUGACAUAAUUGACCUACCGAACUAUGUUGGUGUCUGUUUGUUUUUAAUAAGACUAGUAUAGUUGGUUCCGUGGUCCAUAGAACCGAGGUUUGGUUCUGCUUGUUUCUUUCAACAGAAAGCAUAAGUCGCUUUUUGGUUCCUCGUCACUAAUGCAGAUUAUUACGGUGUGCAUUUCUAACGUUGUUAACUCUUGCUUGACGCGUGUAACCAGGACACAUCAAUGCGCAAGUUGCCGACGUUUAUUUACCUUCGCUAGAGCGUUCUCCGUAUCUUUACUUCUGACCCUGUCGUCCCAUCAGUAGUAAAAAGUUUGGCCCACGGCAGUCCCGUGUCUUCUUCGACAAUUGUUUCUGUUACUUUUUGACGCUUACCCAUUCCUUGCGUUUGUCGGCCAGCCAUAUAUUUGGUGGUAGACCCGGCCCAAAAAACCACACAAACAUUGAAUAAUGACGUAUGUUUUCUUCCCCGCUUGGAUCAUCGCGCGUGUCUUUUAUCGAAGUCAUUCAUUUGGCAGUUUGCUCAGCUCGUGUCUUAGGUUUAGUUUUCCGCAGCUAGCCGAUCGUAUAUUCGACUUUUUUUGUUUGGGCGCGGAUGCGAUCUACAAAUCUUCACUCGUCAGACGGCAAACGUCUCUCAACCUACACUACCCCGCUUCCAAUGCACUUUCGACUUCAUUAGUAUGUACUUUUUUUUGAAUUUCCAGGUAUCCUUCUGUUUAAUGACUUUCUUCAUCGGAGGAAUGAUUGAAAGCCAACUUCUCUCUACCGGAGCUUUUGAAAUAUCCUUUAACGGUAAGCCUCAUUGUGCCUUCACGAGUAGUGAUUAAACAACAAGUAGGUCUUUUUGUUGGUGCGCAUAAGUCUGUAGUUAUUGACUGCUUUGGCUCCCGUCGUGUUCUGCGGUUUCCUCCAUUGGCAGUUAUUCCUCAGGUUUGGCAUUCUAAGGGUUCAUUAUCUCCAUAGAUAGAGUGAAGUACUACUCUCAGACCGGCUAUCUUGAGUUUUCUUAGUUGAGCAUCUUUUAUUUCUUUCCCAAAUUCUCCUGAAAACAAAAGUGCAGCAGUUUUCGACUGUGAACAUCCAAGAAACUUUGCCUCUACAAGUCCUCCGAUUUGCAUUUAACCAAGUCAGGUAGCCGGUUUUUAUGGAGUUACACAUGUCGUAAGUCAUGCCUUCAUAUCUAGGUUUGUCAGCCAAAACCCACCGCUAGCAAAGUAUCCAGAUGACCUGGUUAUACACAGUUCGCACAGUUAAGAGGCAUUGCUUCUGGGUGAAAAACAGAAGACACUACCGCCUAUUGGUUCGAUAUUAUCUCUAACGCAAUCCUCUUAACUGUGCACCUUUUCGGGUUGGAGUUGUGUGUUCAUUGGCGGCUCAGUUUAUCGUGCCUCAUACCAGGCCCUCUAUAAUACUUUUUUCAACUUUCAACUUUUAAGCUCCGAGUCCCUCAAAGUUUGCAUAUUUCUUGUUCGUUAUACACUUCUUCAGGGAAACAAAGUUAUAACCAAAGUAUCGAUUUGCGUAGCUGCUUCGUUUUGCUCUUGAAUUCUGUUUGACCGGUUUGUCUUCCGUCGUGCCGAAGGCGUAGCUAGCGGUUGGAUAGUUGCAAUAGAGUGAUAACGCCUCUCUCGUUAUUGGUCAUAGGUUUUGUCGUGCUUAAAAUCUUUCGAAUCAAUGGGUAGUCUUGCCACACUUGUAGUAUGCAGCAUCAUCGCACGUAACGGCUCAAGCGAAUGGAUUUGACUCAAAAUCGUCACUCGUGCCGAUUGUAAACGUGAGUAAACAGGUGCAGGCUCGGAAAAUCUACUGAAGUUGUUAUUUGCACCCGAUACAGCCUGAAUGUACUUGCGCCGGCUUCAGGCCGACUUCCUGAGGUCCUUUUCUUAGCUUGCUUUUUAGGUCCUCAUGGAGUUUCUGCGCUCAGAAAUGCCUCCAACGUUCAACUAUUUGCGUAUUUUCAUUCUGGUUUUGACUUUAUGUUUGGCUCUUUUUUGUAUAACACGCUUACAUCAUCCUCGAGCCGAUCUACUUUAUCGGAAACUGUCAGACAACAUGUUUGGCGUGUUCACCUGCCAGUUGAGAAUGUGUAUGCCCUCUAAUUCGGACCAUUCGCGGAAUAUUUUUGCUUUAAAAUGAAGCAAAAUGCAUGCCACAACCGCUUACAGAUGUGCUGUGUAGGGCCUGCCGUAUGCUUUUAACAUGCAUUUACUGACGUCGUAUCGGUUACGCGUAGACUUGGCACCGCGUUUUAAACACGCCUAUAUUUGCGACCACUAAAUCAGGUUAUUCAUCUAUGAAAUCUGCCGUGGUCGCCUCACGUCCUGGAUGACCACUCCGUUUGCUGAUGAUCUUGUGUCCAUCUCGUCUCUUAGAAUGAUGUGGCACUGUUUGCGAACUCUGCUCCGGCGAGAGCUUACCGUCCGGUAGAGAAGUUAGUCCCAGUCGAUUGAACAUUUCCCUGCUCUUCACCCAAGCAUAUCGCCAAGGAUUCUAAAUAGUGGUGCUUAUAGUCUGGAAGCUCCGUAAACUCCGGAGGUUGCCUUGCGUUGCAAGAAGAGCACAGGUUUUGGUUGGUUAGUCAAGAUGAUGUCCUAAAGCUUGUCUGUAUUCAUGUGUAAUAACUAUCUGUGUCCCCUACGACAAGCCAUGCGGAAGUUGCACAGAACCAACACGCGUUAUUGGCCUGCGGGCCCAUAAUAAAUGCCAUUAAAAUGCUGUGGUGGCACACCUAGGCACAGGAUCUUGCCGCGCCAACUACCUGCACACUAUCUCCACACCAGACGGCGGACCGGCUCGGACAGUAGGCUGGGGCCUGAGAGGGGGAAGAGAAUGAGUGAAGUCGACUCUGAGUGGUUCCGUUCCCACGACAAUCAGACGCGCCCUUAAACUAUCGCGGUGUGUUAACGCCCAUGGCGUGGGGGCUGCCAACUGACGAGAUAACUCGGCCUUCCCCUUAGUACGGAGAAUCAGGCUGCAAUGUCCCCUUAAUGUGGCCUUCAUGGCACUCCCACUCAUUUGGGAUUCAAGCCGCUGUGGAAACCUGGUCCAUCGUGCGUGGACCAGUCCUGUGUGACGCGGGUAGACUGGCUGUUUAGCUUUCUCGGCCUAUCCGUCCUAUCCCGCCUUCGGUCUUCUUGAUGGGAGGAUGAUCGGGGAGAGUGCGGUAGGUACAUCGCAAGUUUACCAUCACUGUAAACUAAUUUACGUCCAAGUCACCGUAUCUGUGGCCACCCGGCUGUAGGACACACAGUCGUCCUCGUCGAUAACGACGGUCGAACUGUCGUAUAAUGAAUAUCCACAUUCUAACUGGCGACACAUAGGGCUAAGUCCAUGUCUUGUCGAGUCCCGCAAGACAAAGGGCAUAUAUCAUCUGAGUCGGUAGGCGUUCAAAUUCUUCGUUGGACUUUUCGUUUGUUUUCAUCAGGAAUAGAAUGUCUUGCGAAUACUAGGGUUGACGAUUCCUACCGUUUUGUCGCGUCCAACUUCGAUGUCAUUUCCGCCACCCUUAGCAUUUGCCAUUGUGAACGCCUGAUAGCUCAUCAUAAGGCGUCAGAAUGCUUAAGUGACCGGUACGCACCGUAAUUCAGUAUAGAAUUGCCGGUCUAACUCUGCGGACUUUUUUCUAGUUUGGUUGGUGUCGGACACGAACCCUAUCAAUAGAUACACUGAUUUGCCUGCGUGGUAUCACGCACUCCGCCCACGCAGCCAGGUGGCGCAGCUCACAUCGUCGCGAAGUACAAACGGCGUCACCACGCCGGGGGACUGUCGUGGACCAGGCGACACAAACCAGACCUAGCCACAGACGUAGCCACUCACAUGGAACGACGAUGUAAAUGUCCGCACGUUGCUGCACUCUAGCAGUCUCUGAUGAACUCCAGUUCGAGUUCGAAAGCUAAGGCCAAUAAAUCUGCCCUCCCAGUGAUCGUGCCUUCGUCUUCUUUUAAGCAAGAACCUGGGAUGCGCAUAUUCUCAUCCAUUCGUGGUUUCUUUCUGCCUCCCUGCCUCCCUCUCCCCCAGGCAUUCCCAUCUGGUCCAAGUUGCAGUCUAAUCGCAUUCCUCGGCCAGAUGAACUCCUACAGAUAAUUGGGUCGCAAGUCCAGUUUGAGGCCCGAGCUCCCGGAAUGUCUUUCAGUCAGUCGUCCACCCGUCCCCCGAACUUGUAA